AUGGAUGUUAACAAGGCGGCAGUUGUUGUGGUGGAUUGCGGAAGUGGCAUCUGCAAGGCAGGUUUUGCUGGAGACGAUGCCCCGCGAUCCGUCUUCCCAUCCGUGGUGGGCCGGCCGCGAAUGCCGCCCAUCAUGGUUGGAAUGGACCAGAAGGAUGCCUUCAUCGGUGAAGAGGCGCACAGCAGCACAAUUGGCGUGCUCACGCUGGGGUACCCGAUUGAAUGUGGCAUCAUCACCCGUUGGGAUGACAUGGAAUGUGAUGAUGAGGAGAAGAUUUGGCACCACGUCUUCUACAACGAGCUGCGGGUGGCUCCCGAGGAACACCGUGUCCUACUAACAGAGGCUCCGCUGAAUCCCAAGGCCAACCGCGAGAAAAUGGUACAGAAGAUUUUCGAAGUGUUUCAAGUUCCUGGCGCGUACGUGGCCCUCUCUGGGAUGCUGUCCCUGUACGCCUACGGCCGUCUAACGGGCAUCGUCCUGGACAGUGGCGAUGGCGUGUCGCACACGAUGCCGAUCUUCGAAGGGUAUGGCCUUCCCCAUGCCAUUUCGCGGGUGAACUUGGCGGGCCGCGACAUCACCCAGUUCAUGAUGAAGAUCUUAUCCGAGCGCGGCCACUCCUUCACCACCAGCUCGGAUCAGGAGAUCGUUCGUGAUGUUAAAGAGCAGCUAUGCUACGUCGCAUCGGACUUCGACAGCGAGAUGGCGAGAACGCACAACGAAGCCAGUGAGGACAGGUCGUACAAGCUUCCCGACGGCAAGGCCAUGAUCAUUGCAGCCGAGCGUUUCCGCUGUCCGGAGGUGCUCUUCCAGCCAGGCUUUCUGGGCAGGGAGGCUGAGGGCAUCCACGUCAUGACUUUCAAGUCCAUCAUGGCCUGCGACGUGCAUCUCCGCAAGGACCUCUUCGCCAACGUGGUUUUGUCUGGAGGUACGACUCUCCUCCCCGGCUUUGCCGAGCGCAUGACCAAGAAGCUGGUUGCCUUGGCCCCGGAAACGGCAGAGGUCAAGGUAGUUGCACCUCCAGCACGCAAGCACAGCGUGUGGCGAGGAGGCUCCAUACUUUCCAGCCUCGAGACCUUCCAGCAAAUGUGGAUCUCUCAGGCGGACUACGAUGAGCUUGGCCCCUGCAUCGCGCACCGCAAGUGCUUCUGA